UCCAGCAGUAGGCUAAUAGCUAUAGUGCGGUACAGAGAAAAAGUCACCGCGCACAGAACACUCGCUUCCCGCCCUGGUUCAGUUUCUUGGAGAAAAUGUGUGGGAGGGUUCGCUGUACUCUCAGAGCCGACGACAUCCCUAGGGCUUGCCACCGCAGCCAUGGCCCCGUCCGUACUGUUAACAUGGACCGGUUUCGCCCGCUGUUCAAUGCGUCGCCGGGGUCGAAUUUGCCUGUUGUUCGUAGAGAAGACGGAGGAGACGGCGACGGCGUUGUUGUUCACUGUAUGAAAUGGGGGCUGAUCCCUAGUUUCACCAAGAAAACCGAGAAGCCCGAUCACUAUAAGAUGUUUAAUGCUAGGUCUGAGUCCAUUUGCGAAAAGGCUUCUUUUCGACGUCUAAUUCCUAAAAACCGCUGCCUCAUUGCAGUUGAAGGAUUUUAUGAAUGGAAAAAAGAUGGUUCUAAAAAGCAGCCUUACUACGUCCACUUUAAUGACGGCCGACCGCUUCUGUUUGCUGCUCUUUAUGAUUCUUGGGAGAACUCUGAAGGCGAGAAACUUUACACCUUCACUAUCAUUACAACGUCUUCAUCUUCAGCUCUAGGGUGGCUGCAUGACAGGAUGCCUGUUAUUUUGCGUGACAAGGGAUCUACCGACUCGUGGCUAAGUGGUUCUUCAACUUCCAAUUUUGAUUCAUUACUUAAACCAUAUGAAGGUCCAGAUUUGGUAUGGUACCCGGUGACACAAGCAAUGGGCAAGGUGUCUUUUGAUGGACCAGAGUGCAUCAAUGAGAUACAGCUGAAGACAGAGGGGAAUAAUUCAAUCACAAAGUUUUUCAUGUCGAAAGGAACCAAAAAAGAAGAAUUAAACCCAAAGGACACUAGUUUUUACGACUCAUCUGUGAAGAAUGAUUUGCCAAAAAGCGUGAAGGAAGAACCUGAAGGCAAAGAGAAAACAGAACAACCAGCCUCUACAGAAAAAUGUGAGAAUGAUUCAAAGUGUAGUGUCUCUACAUUAUCUCAAGAGGGUGUAUCUAAGGGCCAAACAAAGCGAGACUAUGAAGAGUUUUCGGCUGACUCUAAGCCAGUUGCUUAUGAAACUAGUGAGAUAUCUGCUAGCCCAGCAAAGAAGAAGGUUAAUCCGAAGAGUUCUCUUGACAAGCAACCUACCCUAUUUUCGUACUUCGGAAAAAGCUAGUUUUGUUUGCUAGAACUUCAGAUUUCCUUAGUACACGCCACGUUUAUAUGGACACAGGUUGAUAAUUUUGAUUCGUACGAAGACAGAGAUGAAGUUUUCUGUUUUGCAAUCAAUCUACGGUCUUGUAGUA